ACACCAGGAAUUCGUUUGCUUCUUGGCAAUCGUUUGCCUCUCGGCUUCCACUCGCCUUUCUUGUUCGCCCCUCGGCACUCGGCCGCCUCUCGGCAUUGGCUCGCCUUUCAGUAUUCUGUCUUCUCUUGGCACGUGAUCGCCACUCGGCAUUUGUCUGCCUCUCGGCUUUCUUCGCCUCUCGGCUUUCUUCGCCUCUCAGGAUUCGUUCGUUGCGGCUUCAGCUUGACUAAGCAAAAACCUCUGACAAUCAUCUAGGACGAUUAAGAAGGCCAUCUCUCAUUUUUUGCACUCGCACAAUUUUUUGCGGGUUCUCGGAUUAUGUCCCGUCCCUCAUCGCACUGCAUUUACGUGUGUUGGGGACUUAAAAAAACUGCCAGGAACGCCUUGCCGUGAACUAUAGCCUAUUAUUCGCCUCUCCAGUGGAUUUAUUCAAAAAUAACUGUUUUCGGAAUUUCGGGUAUAACCAUCUUCACUAUAAUGCUUCCUGGAUGUAGAAUGUAGAGUAAAGUCAGUCGCGUGUGAAGCGCUGAUGAUCAUGUAUCUCGAUGUUAAUUUACGCAAAUACAAAUAUAUAGCAUUUACAUUGUAUCUUUUACAUGUAUUUGAGAAAUGCGACGCUGCCUAGCUAGAAGCGCCGUUUUUUUAGUUUAAAUAGACAGUUAUAUAGUGUUUCCCAUUAUUGUUCACGCCGAAUGACGUACCCCAAAUCACGAUCGCCUUCACUGAGUAAACAACAAGUCAAAACUACUAUCAACACGGUGCUGACAUUUUGCGUCUUGUGUCUCGAUUCACUGAUUAUUAUUACCCCGCCAUAAUUUCUUCGCGCAAAAGGCUCUUUUCAAAUGCUGCUUUUGUUCACUUGAUGCAAGGUCCUGCCUCUGGUUAAUUAACAAUUCUUCGGCAAUUUGGUCUCUCUGCCCCAACUGUGAGCGAGAGCCUUUGUUAGGUGAGCGAGAGAGCAGUUGGCCCCCGUAACUAGCACUUAUUCUUAAUUGCACGUUUUAGCGUCGAUAACUAUUCGUUAAUUUAAUGCUAGAGACAAAAGAGCACAAGUAAUGUUUUGAUGGGUGAGAAUUUGCAACAGUCUUGGGAAGUCUUUUCACAAAAGACUUGAGUUGAAUGCGGAGACUGAUGGUUUGGUUUUCGCUUGACUUUGCACGUCGUCUGGACAUGUCAAUUGGAUCUACUCACUAAUACUUAAUUCAAGUAUCUUCUGAAGUUUAUACGUGAAAGAAAGAAGGUAAGGAAAUAUUAUAAAAACUUAUUGGAUUAAUUCCUGUAAUGAGAUUGAGCAACGCGAAAUGGUAGCAGCCUUUAUGUUCGCAAAGCCGUGAACUUCAGGCAAAAGUAUGUGCUAACUUCCUUGUGACUAAGUGAAUUUUGACGUGUGAUUUGUUUAGUAGACUAGUCGAUAAAGGCAUAAGGGUUAUUUGCUCGUGAAAAGGUAACUCAGACCCAAAUGGUAUGCUUGAGAAAACCAACGGGCAAGAAAUAAGAAUAAAUUGCCUGAUCUUUUGGUAACUUGAAGUUAUCAUUUUUUAACACUUGUGUAAAUCACAGGUCUCGAGGUGCAUGGUAUAUAAAUAAAAAAAAAAGACAAACAAAUGUAGCUAUUCUUGUUAUAACAUGAUAGCCGUAAUAUUUAUACCUAAAACAAAAAAAUCUUUUUCAGUUGGCGUUUGUUUUGCCGUCAUUUCGACUGCCAGUUUUUUCUCUCUUGUAGGAUGUUGCAUCCAUCUGCCCCUGCAUCCGAUGCAGAGCUUGUCGAGAUUUUUAGCCACGCGCUCAACAGCGGGGCAUCCCUCAGUGACUCUCAUCCAGUGGACCUUACUGCUGAAGCACAGACUCAAGACGAGUCAGCGGUGAAGCAAACAAGUCAUGAAAAGCCUACUGUUGCUCCAAGCUUGAUAAACGGUUCAGCCGUUGUAGUGCCUAAUGAUGAGCUCAAAGGGCAUGUGCUAAACGGGUCAGCGGUGAAGGAAUUAAGUCAUGGAAAGCCUGCUGUUUCCCCAAAUAUGGUAAGCGAAUCAGCCGUUGCAGUACCUAAUGACGGGCUCAAUGCGCAUGCGCUAAACGAGUCAGCGGUGAAGGUGACUUUGAACGAUUACCAUGCCCUGGUCUCUCUCAGCCAAACACACUUCGGUAACGUGUCUACAAAUGAGGUCACUUUACCACAGUCUGGAGUUACGGCGUUUAGACGAGCUUCUGCGCAUGUACCAGUACCAGACUGCCUCCGCCGUAGCACAACAGAAAGCCCAGGUAGAAAUACUCCAGAUGACAUUUAUGUGAAACAUACAUCACAAGUAACAAUGCCAGAGUGUCUGCGCCGCACGCUCUCAGAUAGCUCAGCGGCCGCUUCAGUCUCCACGCAUGUGCUAAGACCAGUCUCUCCGCGCCGCACGUCUUCUUUCCCUGUCAGUUUACCGGUCAAACCUGUUGUAAGAGAGAAGCAAGUGGAAUGCGAUGUUAAUGGUAACACAAAGCGUCAAGAGAUGGUGAAUGGGUUCCAGGCUGAUGACAAGAUCACUUUACUGGAAACCCAAGUGAACCAGCAGAGAGACGAGAUCGUGUUGCUCAAAUCUGCACUGGCGGAUGCUCUUCGUAGACUUGGAAGCUUGGAAGAAAUGACGAAGAAACCGAAAGGUCGCAUGAUGCCCUCUAUUCCAACUACGUCCGGCCAAACCUCCAUCCCAUUACGGCCUUCACGGAUAUCUUUACCCGCUACUCCGCACAGACCAAGCAGAAGCGAGUCCGAUACUGAUCUUCAAACAUCUAACAUUGUGAAAGGGCUGCUACGUUCCAUGAAAGGGAAAUCUCCAACGUCCGACAAAAGAGACUCCGGCCCGUUAUCACCGCGGCAAAGGAAGAACAGCUACAGCUUGGCAGAGAAUGAGGCAGUCAAUCCGCUAGAUCUAUUAAGGCAACGAAGCAAAAGUGAAGUUAGUGGUGAACAAAACUCGAUUUUGUCUCCAAGAAAGAACAGUUCUGUCUCAAAUGAACGUACAAAUUAUCAAGAAUUGGCUGCCGACGACAAAGAUACCGUAAAUUCUCCCGCGAAGAAUGGUUCUUUUACGCUUUCUCCGAGUGAAAACGGUCAGCGUAAUUUGCAGGGGAGCACUUUAUCCGAUGAAGAUGUAGUAACGAACGAGAAUGGCAGUGUUAAGAUCGGUGAGCCACCAGCCACGCACAGCACUGAGGAACCUGAAGAACGAAAGGCAAGCGUGGAUUCUUGGAAAGACGAUGCAAUGAUUCAAAAGAUGACUUCUAUAAAGUCAUAUUCGCCAGCUCCUUACAAGCAGCAGGAGAGUAAACCGCAGCGUCCAUCCCCCUCACCCACGAGCAUUGAUGCAAAGACAAAAGUAAAGACUAGCUCAUCAGGGGAAGACAGCCGCACCCCCAGCCCUAGUCCCGGUCCAAGUCCUCGGACCAGCUCCUCGGCCAGCCGUGCCCGUGUCGUCAGUGGAGGGUCUGGGCUAAAAGGGAAAAAGAACAAAUGGCGAAGCGAGACAGAUCUUUCAAGUCGCAAGAACUCAAGUACUGCAAGCAACCCACCAGUCAAGAAAAAGAUGUCAACAAGAAGCAUGGGUUUGAAAAGAGCGAGUUCCGUGAAUUCCUUGAACACUAAAGAGGAGCACCAAAAAGCAUCCAAGGGUGAGACCACGCGGUUGAACAUUCGUGGCCGUUCGCUUAACCUUUAUCCACCGACAGGCUUCGUCGAAAGCAAGUUUUCUGGUCAGCCACCGAGCGAAGCCUUGUGUCUGGAGUGGGUAUAUGGGUACCGUGGUCGAGACUGCCGUGAUAACCUGAUGUAUCUUAAAACGGGAGAACUGGUGUACAACAUGGCCGCCGUAGUCGUGAUUUACGAUGAGCAACAACGCACGCAAAGGCAUUACCUCGGCCACAACGAUGACGUUAAAUGCAUUGCAGUUCAUCCGAAUCAGCAGUACGUGGCCAGCGGUCAGGUCGCCGGUCACGAUAAGAAGGAGGGAAGGCCUCAUGUGCGCGUGUGGGACUCGUCCACUCUAGACACGCUACAAGUGCUGGGUAUUGGUCACUUUGAGAGGGCCAUCUCGUGCCUCGCCUUCUCUGUAGAGGACCAGGGGCGUCAUCUGGUGGCUGUAGAUGAAGCAAAUGAACACGUGAUCUCUCUGUGGGAUUGGGAACGAAAUAGCAAAAUCACGGAAACAAAGGGCGCUAGUGAUCCAGUUCUGAUGGUCACAUUUAAUCCUCGUGACUCGUCAUCCAUCGUCUCUUGUGGCAAGUCGCACAUCGCUUUCUGGUCAGCACUCGAUAGUGGAGGACUGGUCAAGAAAAUGGGCGUGUUCGGGAAAUUUGACAAGCCCCGGUUCGUGUUAUGUACCUGUUUCUUGUUUAACGGUGACUUGCUGACCGGUGACUCGAAUGGGACUAUAUUCGUCUGGGCCCAAGGCACCAACAACAUCAGCAACGCCAUUCUGGAUGCACACGAGGGUCCUGUGUUUACACUGUGCGCACUGCACGACGGAAGGUUUCUUUCGGGAGGCGGGCGUGACAGAUUAGUGGUACUUUGGGAUGAGAAUUAUCAACCGAUACGAGAAAUGCAGAUCCCCGAGAGUGCAGGGCCGGUGCGCGCCAUCGUCCAGGGUACUGUCCAGGCGGAUGGUACGCCUCACAUUGCCAUCGGCACGACGAGGAACUCGCUUCUUCACGGCACCUUCGACCAGGGCGUUGAUUUCAUUAUCAAAGGCCACACUGACGAGCUGUGGGGCCUCGCCGUCCAUCCCUCAGAUCACGUGAUGGUGACGUGUGGAUAUGACAAGCAGAUUAUUAUGUGGGAUGCCGCUGACCACACGGUCAUGUGGCAUUCACAGCUGGAGGAGUCGCUCCAGUCGGCUGCCUUCCACCCGACCGCCUUUGUCUUAGCUGUAGGAACUCAGAGCGGUAACUGGAUGGUCCUUGAUGCCCUCAGCGGGGACCAGAUUGCUGCGUUCCAUGACGGACCUGAGCAAUUAGAUGCCAUCAAGUACUCCCCAGACGGGAAAUUCAUCGCUGUCGGCAGUCACGACAACUUUAUUUACUUGUACACUGUAAGUGAAGACGGUCGGUCAUAUAGGCGACACGGCAAGCUAUCGGGCCACUCGAGCUUCGUGACUCAUCUGGAUUGGUGUGUAGAUAGUCAGUACAUCCAGAGCAACUCGGGCGACUAUGAGCUUCUUUACUGGAAUGCCGCUCGCUGUAAGCAGGUUGUCUCGGCCCAGUCCAUGCGCGAUAUCAAGUGGCAUACGUGGACAUGCGUACUGGGAUUCCCGGUUUGUGGAAUCUGGCCGGAUGGCGCAGAUGGUACCGACAUCAACGCCUGUGCUCGUUCAAACCUUUGCCACCUUCUAGUGACGGGGGAUGACUUUGGCCAGGUGAACUUCUUCCGGUACCCGUCCUCCCGGCUCAAGUCCGACUGUCAGAACUGUUGCGGUCACAGCUCCCACGUGACUUGUGUCCGAUUUCUUCACGAUGAUUCGAGAGUCAUUUCGACAGGAGGCAAGGAUUGUAGCGUGAUGCAAUGGAAAGUGCACCAAGCGUGAGUCACGCUACGCUCCGUGACCCAGUAACGCAACGCACCGUGAAAACGCAAUGCGGCGCUUCGUCAUAGUAACGCAACGCACUGCAAAUACGUAACGGGCGCUUCGUGACCCAGUAACGCAACGCACAUCACAACAAGGUAGCGCAACACUUAAUAGUCUGGUGAUCCAGUAACGCAACGCACCACCAAAAUGUAACGCAACCUAUCAUGUCACAAUGAAACGGCUUUGGGUUGGUAAUGCAACACCUCGUGAGAAAGUAACGCCUCGAGGCUUAGAGAUACAUCGUGACACAGCGAUGAAGCCUAUUGUGAGAAUGUGGUAACACAAUACCCGUGACAAAGUAACGAUUGCAUAAUGCAGUAGUAACACAACGCAUGCUGACAAUAAAGCAACAUGUUUGCGAUGGUAACGUAAGUGGUCGUUACGCUUGUCGUCUUAGGAACACGACGUAAACCUUGACCUGUCAUGAGUAACGCGAGACGUCGUGACAGUCACACAAUACAGUUUAUCGGAGUGUAUGCAAUGGUGUAAUUUUAUUGGCUACUCAUGAUAUACUACGUUUAUUGUCAGAGAGACACUCGAGUAAAUCUUGAACUCAAGAACUUGAGUUAUCACAAUGUAAUGCCAAACUUAUUUGCUUACUAUAUUGAAUCGGUGCUCUUCUCUGCUGAUAUAAUAAGAUUAAACAUAGUUAAACGUAGAAAACCUUUCCUCAGAUUUUUUAUCUGAAGUUAAUACAGUAGAUGUUUAAAUCUCGUACACUUCAUUCCUGUGAAUCAUUACAUUUUAGAGCGAAUAAAGUCAAUUUCACUACA